CGUUGUACCGUUUGAAUGUUCUUAUAUGUGUGUUAUCUGUCGAAUGCAGUUGGAUUAUGUUAAUGUUAAAUGUAACGCUUUUGAAUUAGACAGUCAAUUUAUGUAAUAGUAAGUGUAUGUGUUAACCGGUAGUUUACGUUUUUACGAACUUAUACGCCAAAGAACGGCCAAAAGAAAUUUUCAUUGUCUAUCAACAUAAAUUUGAAAAAAAGUCAAGAUGGUUGUUGACGAAAUAUACCAGGGCAGAGUUUGAGGAACUAGGAAAAUGUCUUUUUCCAAACUAAAUCCAUUCAGGGACAUGGAUGGCCUCGGCAUCACGUUGGCAAUCAACGCGUUGAAAGCAAUUGCCUUCGUAUGCGACAUCCUUACAUUUCCCUUCUACCUCCUUCUGCAACGGCCAUGGAAAACUCGAGCUCUCUCGAGAAAAAUCAAGGCGAUUAUUGUGGCCGCAGAAACGGACGAUCCAAAGUGUGACGUAAGCAUUGAUAUUGAUGGAAAAAGUUAUACUAACAAUAAUCAGGGUCAUCAACAACUGCCACCACCACCACCACCUAAAGUUUCCAAAGAGGCCGUUCCAAUCUCCAAAGACACGAAAAGUAUAACGUACAGAAGCGUUGCGAAAGCUGGGGAUGUCCAUGUAGAAAUUCUACGUGAAAAUGUGGACACUUUGGCUAAAGUAUUCAACUAUGUUUCAAAAAAAUACGCAAACAAAAGAUGUCUGGGCACAAGAGAAAUUAAGGCUGAAGAAGAUGAACUCCAACCCAAUGGAAGAGUUUUCAAAAAGUACGAUUUGGGCGACUACAUCUGGAAAACUUUUGCCGAAGUUUACGUGCUGGCCACAAAUUUUGGCAAAGGUCUCAGAGAACUAGGGAAUUCACCCAAGAAAAGUAUUGUCAUUUUUGCAGAAAGUAGGGAAGAAUGGAUGAUCGCUGCACAAGGAUUAUUUCAGCAGAAUAUUCCAGUUGUAACUAUUUACGCAACCCUUGGCGACGAUGCCAUCGCACACGGUAUAAAUGAGACUGAAGUAACCACUGUUAUUACCAGUUUCAGUUUAAUGCCCAAGUUCAAAAAUAUAUUACACAAAACUCCUAAUGUUAGCACUGUAAUUUAUAUGGAAGACCAGUUGAAAAAACUGGAUCACAACGGCUACAAAGAAAACGUAGAAAUUUUCAAAUUUUCCGAGGUUAUCCAAAAAGGAUCCACAUCAAAAAUUGAAAACAAUCCUCCUCGAACUGACGACAUUGCCAUCAUCAUGUAUACCAGUGGAUCAACAGGAGUUCCCAAAGGUGUUAUUUUGCUCCACUGUAACUUAAUCUCCACUCUCAAGCAAUUUUGUGAUGCUGUAAAAAUAUAUCACACCGAUGUACUAAUUGGAUUCUUGCCAUUAGCUCAUGUAUUCGAAUUGUUGGUUGAGAGCUUGUGUCUUUUAGUGGGUGUACCUAUAGGAUAUUCCAGUGCUUUAACCAUGUUAGAUAGCUCAAGUAAAAUAAAAAAAGGCACCAAAGGAGAUGCUUCGGUAUUACAACCUACGUGCAUGACUAGCGUUCCACUAAUUUUGGAUAGAAUAUCAAAAGGAAUUCAAGAAAAAGUUAGUAAAAGUUCACCGAUUGCAAAAGCAGUGUUCAAAUUUGCGUAUGAUUACAAAUUGCGUUGGAUCCGUAGAGGAUACCAAACGCCCUUAAUAGAUCGAUUAAUUUUCAGAAAAGUUAGAGAAUUAGUUGGGGGUAGAGUGAGGCUAGUCGUUAGUGGGGGUGCACCACUGUCACCUGAUACUCACGAACAAAUUAAGGUUUGCCUAUGUGUGCAAGUUAUCCAGGGUUAUGGACUUACAGAAACAACUUCUUGUGCCGUUGUAAUGGAUUCUGAUGAUAUGAGCGUCGGAAGAGCUGGUGCUCCUACAACAUUAUGCGAUGUAAAAUUAGUCAAUUGGGAUGAAGGUAACUACCGAAUUUCAGAUAAACCAUAUCCAAGGGGAGAAGUCGUCAUUGGUGGUGAUCACGUGAGUCCCGGUUAUUACAAAUUACCCGAAAAAACAAAAGACGACUUUUUUGAAGCGGAUGGCAAGAGGUGGUUCAAAACUGGAGACAUUUGUGAAAUGCACGAAGACGGAAGCAUGAAAAUAAUUGAUCGUAAAAAAGAUCUGGUAAAAUUACAAGCAGGCGAAUACGUAUCACUUGGAAAAGUAGAAACUGAAUUGAAAACUUGUCCCAUUGUAGACAACAUUUGCGUAUAUGGCGAUUCUUCAAAACACUACUGUGUUGCUCUCGUUGUACCUAAUCAGUCGCAUUUAAUAGAACUUGCAGCUAAAGUAGGUAUUACAGAAAAAUCAUUUGAAGAAUUAUGUUCUUUGCCAGAAAUGGAAAAGGCCGUACUCAAGGAAUUGGAAGAACACGGAAGAAAAUGUAAACUAGAGAAAUUUGAAAUACCAGCAGCCGUAAAAUUAGUAAAAGAAGUGUGGUCUCCUGACAUGGGUCUUGUAACAGCUGCUUUUAAAUUAAAAAGGAAAGAUAUUCAGGAAAGAUAUCAGCAUGAAAUUAACAGAAUGUAUGCUUCCUGAAACAUACUUUAUCGUAAACAAAGUAACAAUAAGGUAUAAUGUAAUUAGAAAGACUUGCAUUUUGUAUAUAAGAAUAAGACUUCUACACUAAACUGUAUGUACGUAUUGUAAUUAUUUAAAAAUUGGCAUAGAUGAACAUACUACUAUUUAAUACUCAGAUUUUAACAAAAUUUUUGAAUUAUGUACAUAGUUUGGUCACUUUUAAAAUGACGGUUUUUCUAUAUCUUUUGUAAAUUAUUUAUAUGCGCCGCGGGUCUCUUUGAUAAUUAAGUAUAAUUUAAGAGUGACUAUGCAGUCUUUUCUUUUUGUUUUCGUUGAACGGAAACUGUUUUUAGCAUGUGCAUAGAGUGUGGUUAUUGGAAAUGUACUUAAUGGAUUUUGAAUUGUUAUUUACUUAUAGAUUCACUGAGAAUUUUUAAAUUGUUAAAAAAAAUGUAGAUCGUAAAUAAUGAAAAUGGUGCUCUAAAGAACAAAUAUAAUUCCAGUAAGUGGAAUACAUUCUGUAUCUCGAUGUACAAAGUAGAACUUGUAUGUGUAUUAAAAAACUGUUUAUAGUUUGAAGUCUGCAUGGCAGAUACAAACUUUGUUGAAUAAAAUGCAUGUAAAAUAUAUUUGUGCAAUAAAGUCUUUUUUUAAACAAA